AUAUUUGUUUUUGUGAUAUUUCAUCAUUUUUAAACCUAUGUUUAUUAAAAUUAAAGUAUAAUAUUGUACAUUGAUAACAAUCACGACGUCGAUCGCCUCUAUUUGUGUAUGGUGCAAUCUAAUAAGCCGUGUGUAAUGAUGAAAUUAAUUUAAAAAUUUUACCAGUUUAGCGAUUGGUGUCAAGUAAAGAAUAUUGCAAACUAAUCUGCAGGUGCAUAUUCAUCUAUAUAGGAAAAAAUAAUUUCUAAAAACGUCGAUAUGUCAAGUCAAUUAAAAGCUUAUGAAAAGCUGGGUGAAGUGAUCGACUUGAGAAGCGAUACAGUAACGAAACCGGAUGUCCCUAUGCGCCAAGCAAUGUUCGAUGCUGAAGUCGGUGACGAUGGUUACGGAGAGGAUCCCACCAUAAAUCUUUUGGAAGAGAAAACGUCGAAACUAUUUGAGAAAGAAGCGGCAAUAUUUUUACCAAGCGGACUCAUGGGAAAUUUGAUUGCAAUGAUGGUUCAUUCAAAACAGCGUGGUGGUGAAGUAAUAGUGGGCCAUAAAAGUCAUAUUUUGCUGUGGGAACAAGGUGGAGCUUCACAGAUUGCCGGGUUGCAAAUGAGAGAAGUUAGGAAUUUGGACGAUGGUACCUUGGAUAUGACAGAGUUACUUGGAAAAAUACGACCGGAGUUCCCAGAUCCGCAUGAACCAUAUACUACACUAGUGUGCAUAGAAAACACUCACAACUAUUGUGGUGGUACUGUAUUGCCUGUCGAAUGGAUUGAUCAGUUGGGAAAACUCACCAAAGAGAGAAAUAUACCUUUGCAUAUGGACGGAGCAAGAGUGUUUAACGCAGCAGUGAGUCUCGGGGUCCCAGUCAGCCGCAUAGUGAAGCACUGCGAUUCCGUGACGUUUUGCUUGAGUAAAGGUCUUGGAGCCCCAAUCGGUUCCAUUUUAGUCGGUGAAAAAUUGUUCAUCGAAAGGGCCAGAAGAAUCAGAAAAGUGUUGGGUGGUGCCAUGCGUCAAGCUGGGAUCGUGGCCGCGGCGGGACUGUACGCAUUAGAUAAUUGCGUGGAAAGGCUGGCCGACGAUCACAGAAACGCCAAGAAAAUAGCUUACGCUAUCCAAAGGAUGGCAAGUCCCCAUGUGACCGUCAACCCGGAUGCGCUCGACACAAACAUACUUUUGGUGAACAUUAACCCACCUCGAGUCGACGCCAAAUACUUCGUUUCCGAACUUAUAAAGGUGGACGCUGACGGACUCGACAGUAAGACGAAUAAUAAGAUACGAUCGACCGCCGUGAGGAUAGCGCAGAUAAACGAUGCAAGAGUGAGGAUCGUGACGCACAAAAAAAUCACCGACACAGACGUGGACAUGGCCAUUGAAAAGAUUAAGUACGUCAUUGGAAAAAUCGACACGACCUGCAACCGAUAAAAACCGAUCCACUGCUAUCAAAAUUGUGUAACUGUAUAUAUUAAUAAUAUUUUAUACAUUUAAAUAAAUGUUUUAAAAUACUGGUGUCAAUGUAA